UCUAAAAUCUGGUUCUAUAAAUAUGUUUUAUGUACCCAAUAAACUCUCCUAAUUUCAAACAACUCCUCGCAGCACAACAACAAUGGGCUUUGACGAUGAAGAUCACCCAUUUUUUCAUCGAAAAAGCAAAUAUGAUCUUAAUAGCAAGAUCAUGUUAACAGCCAUCAUUUCAUUAUCUAUAGUUGUUUUCUUCGUUAGUCUCCUCCAUAUAUACGCAAGGUGCGUACUUAGACGCCAGGCUCGACGUAGGGCGGCGCUUCAACACCUCAGCAUCAUCACCAGCGCCGCCCAGGUCGAGCCCCCUAAAACGGGGCUCGACCCCUCCAUCAUAGCUUCACUUCCAAUAUUUGUUUUCAAGCAAAAUGAUCAUAUUGAAAAUAAUUCUAUUGAAUGUACCGUUUGUUUGAGCGUUCUUGAAAAUGGAGAAACGGUUAGGAUUUUGCCUAACUGCAAGCAUAUUUUUCAUGCUGAGUGUAUUGAUAAAUGGUUUGGGACACAUUCAACGUGCCCAAUUUGUCGGACCGAAGCGGAGCCCCGGUUAUUACCGGAGCCCCGAGAGGGCGUUGUAGGCCGUACACCGCCCUCAGCGCCGCCACUUGACUGUGGCAAUUCAAAUACUAUAGCUAUAAAUAUGGAAGGGAUGAUUUUUUCGGAUUGUGGAUUAGCACAACCUUCAUCAUCAUCAUCAGCUAAAAUUAGUGGAUCAAGCUCGAGAUUAAGUUCGUUCAGGAGGAUGCUUAGCAGGGACAAAUCAUCAAGAAGAAUUCAAGUUCAAUCUUGUGGUACAGAAGAUGGUGUAAAUGAUCUUGAGAGACAGUGAUUACUGUGCUUUAGCCAUUAGGUAUGAAUUAUGAUGUUUAUUUUUGGUUCAUAUUCGAAACUCCAGGGUUCUUCAUUUGUUAAAUUCUCCCCCAUAUCUUCUUGUACACACACAUAAAACAGUGACAAAAAUAGGUAAUUUAUUUUUCCAGCCAAGUGUUUUACCACUUUUUUUUUUUUUUUUUUUUGUUGAAAUUGCAUUUCAAUCUGAUGUAAGAUUUUGGUUAAUUACUUUAGAAGUUAGUGUUUAUCCUA